GUGUCGAUCGAGUAUAUAUACUAGACUUGAGAAGAGAGAGAUGGGGAUGGUCUUUGUGUGAAGGGAAACUGCUCUAAGUUGUUUCAGUCCUGAGCACAAAGGAACUGCCAAAAAUUCCAAAUACUCCAAUGCAUCAUUAGUUAUAAAUCCAAAGUAUUUUGAUAAUUUUUCAUAAUGGCAGGCAUGAUCUACUGCAAUUUGCUGGGGGCACUGAGAGAAUUGACACAAGUUUCAGGGGAUCUUGCGUUAGUGAAUGUUCCCGAGCCCCUAAUCUCUCCAGUUACAGAGGAGGGUGUUCCUAUUAGAAAAUUGUUCAUUGGGAAUUUGGCUGAACGUACGACGAAUAAAGACCUCCAAAAAUUAUUCUCCGAAUACGGAAAAGUGGACAGUUGUUACAUAAAAAGAAAUCAAGGAAAGAGUAAUUUUGCCUUCGUGACAUUCAAUGCUGUCGAAGGUGGAAUAAAAGCCCGAAAAGCUGCUCAGAGAAUGGAGUUGCAAUUGCACUGUAGAAUUCUGCGUGUCUCCUCAGCGGACUCGUGGCAUCAGCCAGAUAGCAUCGAGAAUCAGAAGAGAUUCUCCUCACUGAAGGAGAAGCAAAAUAAAAAUGAGGAACAAGUCUCUGUGCAGCAGAUACCACAAGACGAUUCGCCUAUUCAAGUGCUCAACGACGACUGUUUGAUAGAAAUAUUCCUGUACCUUCCGAUUGCCGACAGAAUAAGAAUGGAGAGAGUCUGCAAACGCUGGCAGGCACUCUCCCAAGAGUCCUGGAGGUCCGUCAAGCGACUGGACCUGGUGAGGGGCAACUGGGGCCUCUCCCCAAAAAUUCGUCUUCAAAACAUCGACACAAGUACUCUGAGAAAAGUUCUCAUAAAAUGUGGACAAUUCCUGACACACUUGGAUCUGUCCAAAUAUCCCCACCUCUUGGGCUCGAGUACAUUAACAAUCGUAGGAAAAUUCUGCCCCAAUUUGCAAUGCAUCAAUGUGAAAGCUCUGGAGCUAUCGCCAUCUGGAAUUGCUUCGUUGAUGACAAACUGCCAGAAUAUCACCAAGUUCGUGAUGAAGUCUCUGACAGGGCCAUGUGAGAAUUACCUGUCACAACUGUUCAUGGUUAAUAAGAAAUUAGUCAAGGUUGAAAUUGAGGAUGAGCAUGUUAUCGGAAAAUGUCUUGGGCAGUUGCCAACUGACACUGUUGAGGAGAUUCACUUGAUUCUUUGCACCUCUGUACUGUCUACUUAUUUUGAUGCUGCCCUCCAGAAAUUCCCAUCUCUAAAAAAAUUAACAUUGAACACAUGUGUCUGUCUGACAGACAGCUCAUUAAAAACAAUCGGCAAGAUCGAGACAUUAACGCAUUUGGAAUUGAGUGGGAAUUACCCAACAUUCUCGGCCAGUUCCAUGAAUCAUUUGACAAACCUCUCCAAUUUGGAGCACUUGAAUCUCUGUCACAAUAUCGUGGUGACCGAUGAAUUCCUCAUCAAUCUCUCUGGUAGUUGUAAAAAAUUGAAUCAUCUGGACAUCACUGGAUGUGAAGCCAUCACAAACAAGGCCAUUGGGAGCUUGUCAUCGUUGCCAAGAUUGGAAAGUCUCGUGAUAAGUUGGUUGACACAAGUGACUGACCAGCCUUUGGGCAAUUUACAAAGUCUAAAGAUCUUGACAUGCUGGGGCUGUCAACUUAUUCAAGACGCGGGUGUAGUCAAACUCAUAAAAAUGGCCCCAAAUCUCGUGUCGUUGGAUCUAUCAAGAUGUUCAAUUUCUAACAGUACCAUUGAGGCAGCCAUAUCAACGACUAAACACAGAAAAACCCACACUAUGCUCAAGAUAAUCGUUGGUAAAACAAAAGUUGAGCUCUCACAAAUUUCUGGAGUAUCUCCAUUCCUCCAGAUUGUUAAUAUUGAUUUGUCCAUGCCUCGGGGGAUGAUUACUACUGAUGCGAGAGAAAUUUUAUGAUUGUGCUUGGGAAUUGUGUUGUGAAUGGAGAGGCCUGUGGAAAUUGUGUGAAAUCUGUCCUGAUAUUUUCUAUUGGUUGAAUUUCGAAUGUGAAAUAGACUGCUAAUUAAAAAUGAAUGAAAAAAAUUGGUAGAACAUUUUUGCCUUCUGUAAGAAAUUCUAUCGAAGAUUUUUUCGAAGUGUUAUCUAUUGAUUAAAAAAGUCAAUAGAUUUUUAUUUUUGUGUAAAAACUCUUGGGCAUAAAUGUUCCAAGUUUUUAAAAAUUGUAUUUUUAAUUGUUUCUCAUGAUGAAAUCUAAAAAAAACAGGUAAUUCAUGCCCAAGAACUUUUACGAGAACAAUUCCGAUGGAAAAAGUUAUAUUUAAAAAUCGUUAUGAAAAUAUCAUCAUAAAUCGUAAAAAAACGUAAACAUGCAUCAUUUUUGAUAGAAUUGGGAGGAAAAAUAGAGAAUUUAUGUUUUUCCUAAGAAAUUCUAUUGAAUUACUGUUGAAAUUCUAUUCAAUAGAUCUUUGACAGAAAAAAGUAAAUAGAUUUUGAUUUCUCUACAAAAAUGCUUGAGCAUAAAUGUCCAAGUUAUUUCAAGCUGUAUUUUUAGUUGUAUCUCAUGAUGAAAUCUAAGAAAGAAAACAGGUACUUCGUGCCCAAGAAUUUUCAUGAGAACAAUUCCGAUGGAAAAAGUUAUAUUGAAAAAUCAUCUAUCAAUCAAUAUUUAACAAAAAACAUAAACAUAAUUUUUGAUGGAAUCGGGGCAAAAAAUAAACAGAUUUUUCUAACAAAAUUCUAGUAGAACUUUCGCAAUUGUUCUAUCCAAUUGUUUCAUUACUGCAAUCAAAGUUCGAUAGGUAUUCAACUCGUCUCCAUGAUUUUUGUAAUUACACUGUGAUAUCACUCCCUUCGCUCAUGGAAUUCAAUAGCAGUGUGACUUAAUGAGAAGCUCACUACGACAGAUUGGUAAAGAACAUUUGAUAAAUUUCCACUUUUAUACCUAGUAUGUACUUCUAGCAUCAGGGGCUUUCAUUUUUAGUGUAUGUAAUGUAUUCUAUCAUUGUUUAUUUAUUUCUCCGAGUAUUGUAGGAUUCAUAAUUAUCAGUUAUUUAAUUUUGUAAUGGCUUCAUACCAUGGAGUGUUAGGAUUUCUAACUUAGUAUUUAUAUUCGUGUGAAUGUCGAGUGGUUCUGCGUACAUAAAUAAACGUGUUUGUUGUAUUUUCAGAAUAUGAAUAAAUAAUGCCAUUAUUUCA